AUGCCGCCACCCCCCAGCCUCAUCCCAAAUCCCAUCUUCACCCCGACCCAGGCCACACCCAACCCCAUCCCAAAUCCCAUCUUCACCCCGACCCAGGCCACACCCAACCCCAUCCCAAGCCCCAUCUUCACCCCGACCCCGGCCACCCCCCAACCCCAUCCCAAGCCCCAUCUUCACCCCGAACCAGGCCAACCUCAACCGCCAGGGCUACAAAGGACACGGCCAAAGAACCUUUGUAGCCCUAAUCUAAUCCCAAGCCCCAUCUUCACCCCGACCCAGGCCACCCCCAACCCCAUCCCAAGCCACAUCUUCACCCCGACCCAGGCCACCCCCAACCCCAUCCCAAGCCACAUCUUCACCCCGACCCAGGCCACCCCCAACCUCAUCCCAAGCCCCAUCUUCACCCCGACCCAGGCCGCCCCCAACCUCAUCCCAAGCCCCAUCCUCACCUCAAACCAGGCCACCCCCAACCCCAUCCCAAGCCCCAUCUUCACCCCGACCCAGGCCACCCCCAACCCCAUCCCAAGCCACAUCUUCACCCCGACCCAGGCCACCCCCAACCUCAUCCCAAGCCCCAUCUUCACCCUGACCCAGGCCACCCCCAACCUCAUCCCAAGCCCCAUCUUCACCCCGAACCAGGCCACCCCAUACCGAUCAUAA